AUGGACCUUCACCUCGAGUUGGCGGCGGCCUUCCAGGCCACGACCGUGGAUGCGUUCGCCAGCGACCCCUCGAAUCCGGUCCGGCGGCUCCUCGACCCGUUCAUCCACCGCUCGGUGCAGGCCACCAACGACAAUUUCCGCCUCCUCUUUGACUACAAGGCUGCGGAGUUUUCUUUGGCCCCGCUGCCCUACGACGAGCAGCUGAAGCUCAUCGACGAGUCGAUCCGCGAGAGGCCGCUCAACUUGGCACACCUUGACAUCUCGGAGUCAGACAGAGAGAGAGAGCCCAAUCAAAAGACUCGCAGACAUCAUGAGCACAAGGUGUUUGGAGGCUCGGCCAGAUUUCUUGGGUCGGCGGCGCCAGAGGCGCGAUGUGUGUGUGUGUGUGUGUGUCCACCGCCGUCCUGA